AUGCGAAAACUGCUGACUGGUCAUUGGAAACAGGCUGCACGUGGUCAUAUCAUCAUAACCACAAGGAGAGAAGCAACGGAAAUCGGAGAAGAAAUGGGAAUCGAAGAAAGCUCUUGUAUUGAGUUGAAAUGCUUCACGGAGGAAGAAGGAGUUCAGUUUUUAAAAACAAGAGGUGGAACAGCCGGAGAAGACAACGAUUUUCGUGAGUUGGUUGGAGAGCUUGGCGGACUGCCCUUAGCUCUUGAUCAAGCUGCUGCUUAUAUCAGAUCCCUUCGCCAGCCUAUCAAAGAAUAUCUGAAGAAGUAUAGAAAACAAAAGAUGCUUCUCUUGAAGAAGAAGAAGGCAGUUAAUCUGGUGGAAUAUACAUCACGUGAGAGAUUGGCAGUUCACACAACAUGGUCGUUAAAUUUUGAGCACGUCAUGCAAAUGUCAGAAGAGAUGGAUCUUGGAGAAACCCCCUCAAUUGUCAUGAAAAUGUCUGCCUACCUAGGUCCCGAUGAUAUUCCUUAUCAGGUUAUAAACGAAGGGCUCCACGUUGUAGGAACUUCCGGCCAGGAAGUAAGCGAUUUGUGGGAUGCAGCCGAGACAGUGUCGCUGCUUACAAAGUUUUCCCUUUUUCAAAGGUAUGGGACAGAUUCUUUCAGUGUUUAUCGUCUGGUGCAAGACGUCAUCCGAAGUGAGAUUGAAAAGGACAAAACUGAAGUGCGUAUACUUUGCUGUGCGGUGCACGCAUUUAACCAUGCAUUAACAAAAACACGCUCGCCAGCGGAAGUCUGCCAAAGUUGUAUGAGAAAUCCUCCCUCUGAAAAUGAGGCUGUGGCUGAAGAUAACGAAAGGAAGAAGGAAGCCGACCAACUCAGAGAAAAAGGAAACAAUGCAUUUAAAAAUAGCAAGUUCAAAGAAGCACUGGAUCUUUAUACAAGAGCCAUUGAUUUGUGGCCUAAUGACCACAGCUUUUUUUGUAACAGGGCCCUCUGCCAUUUGAAACUGGGAAAACCAAGAAAUGCUCUGAAAGAUUGUCAGAAAUGCCUUUAUCUAAAACCUGAUUACAGCAAAGCACUUCAACGAAAAGCUUGGGCCCUGCUAGAACUUGUUAAAGGUGGAAAUAGCGAGCUUGAAGGGUAGAAACGUGCGGCAGUGGCAGUUGCCCUUCACUUCGAUCCCACUCUUCGCCAAGACAAAACAUUUUCUCAGAUGUUUCCUGAAGUACCAGUUAUUCGCAUCAGAGAGAUAUACAAUGAAAAGCAGCUAGCGUUUGCUUUGAUGACGACUCGAAGAAACGAAACCUUGUUGUUACACGAAAGAGAGUACCAUCUUAGUGCCUUUGGAAUUGUAAAUGACCUUCAGAUUGUAGGUGUCGGACCCCACACUUACUUAAAUUGUACAAAGUUUUGCAAAAUUAAUAACGCCAAAUGCUAUUUUGAAAAUAUUGUGUUUCCUAGAGGGAAUGUUGCUCUAAUCUGCCGUGGAAACAAUGGCGCUGUACACUUAAAUCAGUGUGAGAUUUCAGGAGGAGAGACAAGUUGUGAGGACUUUCCAGAAUGUAACGGAGGUCCAGGCUGCGUGGCGCCCUCUUCAGGGAAACCUGCCUGGGAUCAGACAGGAAGGUUUGGUCAUUCAAUGUCUGGCAUAGCUGGCUUUCCCGGAGUCCACAUUUCACACGAGAGCUCUGGAUUGAUUGAAAACUGUGUAAUUCAUAGGUGUGGGGGUGGAGGUGCUCUUGUUUGUGGGAAAGGUUCUCGACUAUUAGUUAAAAACUGUGAAGUGUACAAGAACCACCAAUCUGGAUUAGAGGCAAGGGAAGGAGGAGAACUUGAAGCUCUUGGAAACAAGAUAUUCGAUAAUGGUAAUCACGGCAUUCUGAUUUGGAAGCUCUCUGGGAAAUGUGACCUCAACGACAAUAAGAUUUUUGAAAAUGCAAAGGAAGGCAUUAUUGUUGUCGAUUCAAAAGAGAAGAUAACCCUACGCAACAACAGUAUCCAUCACAACAGACCCUUUGGUAUUUCCCUUGAUCAUGACAAUUCUCAAGUUCUUAUUAGCAACAAUGAGAUUUUCGAGAAUGGAUUCUGGGGCAUCCUCGCUAAAGGGCGAACAUCGGCAUUCAUAGUAGGAAACAAACUCACUGGUAACAAGUGUGGAGGAAUUUUUAUUGAUUGGGAAGAAGUUUGGCUCACAAUAGAAGACUAA